AUGCCUUAGGACCACGAGAGCCGCCCCGGAGGACUCCUGCUGGCCAGCAGCUACCAAGCAACCCGUGCGCGUGGCCUCCAGCUCCCGCUGACGCGUCUGGGAGUCCCGUCUGCUGGUCUUCCAGCCUGGAAGCCUCCCCGAAUCAUGGAGGCCCCGGAGGUCCCCGUGGGCACGCUGAUUGACUUCGGGACUGAGCCGUCUGCCUCCUCGCCCCUGGAGAUGCUGCCUCCAAAGCUGCAGGAAGGGGACAGCUCCCAGGGCGAUGGAGCUUCGGAGAGCGAGACCACAGAGUCUGCGGACAGCGAGAAUGACAUGGGCGAGUCGCCCUCCCACCCAUCCUGGGACCAGUACCGCCGCUCCUCCUCCAACGAGUCCUUCUCUUCCAACCAGAGCACCGAGUCGGCCAAGGACGAGGAGACCUUGGAGCUCCGGGAGUUCAUGCGCGGCUAUGUGGAGAAGAUCUUCUCUGGAGGGGAGGACUUGGACCAGGAGGAGAAAGCCAAGUUUGGAGAGUACUGUAGCAGCGAGAACGGAAAAGGCCGAGAGUGGUUUGCUCGAUACGUGAGCGCCCAGCGCUGCAACUCCAAGUGUGUCUCGGAGCCGACCUUCUACCGACUGGUGCAGUCUUUCGCCGUGGUCCUGUUCGAGUGUCAUCAGAUGGACGACUUUGGGCCCGCCAAGAACCUCAUGACCAUGUGCUUCACCUACUACCACAUUGGUAAGCCGCACCUGCUGCCCUCCGAGUCCAAGGAGAAGCCUGCGGGGAGCAUCGACUCCUACCUGAAGUCCGCCAACAGCUGGUUGGCGGAGAAGAAGGACAUCGCUGAGCGGCUGCUGAAGAACACAUCGGCCAAGACAGAGAACGUCAAGGGCUUCUUUGGGGGACUGGAGACCAAGCUGAAGGGACCCCUGGCCAGGAAACACGAGGAGGAUGAGAACAAGCCCAAGGAGAAGCCACAGAAGACAGUGACCGUGUGCAGCCCAGAGGAAGAAAGGAAGGGGGAGAAGAUCUACCUGUACACGCACCUGAAGCAGCAGCCCAUCUGGCACACACUGAGGUUCUGGAAUGCGGCUUUCUUCGAUGCUGUCCACUAUGAGAGGAGAAAGCGGUCUCCCACUACCAGAGGGGAUGCUGGAGAGGAGGAGAAGAAGAGGGAGAAGUGGUGCCACAUGACCCAAGAGGAACGCAACGACAGUCUACGGUUCAAUGAGAACAUCACCUUCGGGCAGCUGGGCACGUUCACUCACAACAUGCUGGCAUUCGGGCUCAGCAAGAAGCUGUGUAAUGAUUUCCUGAAGAAGCAGGCCGUGAUCGGCAAUCUGGACGAAGAGCAGUACAAGCUGCUGAGCGACCACAUUGAGCAGAUGGCCAUUGAGUAGGCAGGCCAUGGGAGGUCGCCCGGAGCACCCUCCAGGAGGACUGAGGGUGCACACCCCUCUCCUGGGCCAGCGACUGGCUGUCACCCUACCUGAUGACCCUGCAUGACCUCGGAAGCACCCAGAGCCGCUCCACGCUGCCCUAGAACUAGCGGUUAGAAGAAUCUGGUUGCCCGUCUCCCCACCUCCCUUCUGCCUUGUCUGCUCCCCCCAUCCGCGUGCCAAAGGGUCUCUGGGAUUACACGGCUAAAACCAAGGUGAUCGCCCCUGCUCCUGGGUGUCAGGGCCACAACACAGGACCAAGCAGGAGGAGGAGGAAGGACACC